CAGUCUCGUAGUACGGAGUACAAGAGAGGCGAGCGAGCGCGGCUGCAGUCCCUGCGCGCCAGUCGCCCAAUAGACUUUAAGUACGACGCGCCGAGCGCGCGCUCCUCUUCAUUGGCCCUGCAGUGUGCAACGACAGCGCGACGAGAGCGACGUUUCGUUUUUUUUUCUUUUUUUUUAGUUAUCGGAAAGGAGCGCAUAUGAAUUAGUUCUACGCGAUUGUCCACCCUGUCGACGACGUCAUCAUGAACUUGCUGACGUUCGUGAAAGUCGGUUACAUCAUGCUGCUCGCGACGCUGAUCCUGAUGAUCUGGACGUCGAUGGCGCGUAUGCACGAGUUGCCGGUCCAGUAUCCGCCCUGCUUCUUCAAUCCUCUGUGCACGUGCUCCAAAGUCAUACCGGACCUCGGCAUCGUCACCUGCUUCAACGUGCCCAUGCCGAGGAUACCGCAUCCCAUCAACGCCUCCAAGGUAUUCAUGCUCCAGCUGGAGAACAACGGGCUGCGCUCGAUACAGCCCCAAUUUCUCAUAAAUACCGGUCUGUACAAGCUGCAGAUCAAGCAUAAUCCCCUAUCGGAUAUACCGGACGAGGCCUUCCUAGGGCUUGAAAGAUCGUUGUGGGAGCUUGAACUACCCUAUAACCGUCUUGUGAGAGUGCCCAGCAAAUCAUUCAGGCACUUGCAGAAGCUGCGGCUUCUCGAUCUAACAGGCAAUCAAAUCUCUCACAUCGCCGCGGAUAAUUGGCGCGGUCUGGAGAAUUCGCUGCAGAUCCUGAAGAUGGGCCGAAACUCCAUCGACAAACUGCCGGCCGACGCUUUCGCCGGCCUCACCUAUCUCGAGUAUCUCGAUUUGAGGGCGAACAGUCUGAAGGAGAUCGACCCGUCGGUUUUUCGCGACGGCAUGGCCCACCUGAUGCAGCUCUACCUCAACGAUAAUCAGCUCAAUCGCAUACCCUACUCGCAGCUGUCGUCGCUGAAGCGCAUGCGAGUUCUGGAUCUGAGCUACAAUCGGAUCUCGAGGAUGAUUCAUCCGCAGCUGGACGCCGAGAUAAGGGGAGUGCAGAUGUCGCUGGACGUGCUGAGGCUCGACUACAAUCAGAUCGACCAGCUGCCGCCUGGCUCGUUCCAGCACUUCUUCAAAGUCAACCGGACUUAUCUCAAUGGCAACCCUAUUCAGAUCAUCGAGCAAGGGGCAUUCAAAGACUCGAGGAUCAAGGAGCUGUACUUCACUGACUGCGACUUGUACGAGAUCGAUUCACCGGACUUGAUGGGUUUGGAAUCGUCCUUGGAGCUGUUGGAUUUGUCGGGCAACAAUUUGACCUUCAUUCCGAAUUUGGUCUUCCAAGAGUUCGACUAUCUGCGCACCUUGAUUUAUCGUGAAAAUCACAUCGACACGUUCAAUCCAAUGUUUAAUUUUUCUCACGCAGGCCAAGCUUUCAAUGGCUUUCAGUACUCCAUGUAUAAUCUCGAUCUCAGCGGCCGCAAGAACGGCAUGAUUGCCUUGCAGGACUUGAGGCACAUGCGAAAUUUGCGCUUCCUGUCGAUCUCCAAGAUGCCCGGCUCGACGCUGUCGCAGGACGAUUUCGCCGAAUUCGGCAUGGACAUAAAGGAGCUUCACAUUGUCCAGAGCAACUUGCAGACCAUUAAAAAUCACGCCUUCAUGCACGUACGCGGUAUCAAGUACUUGGACUUUUCGGAAAAUUCCAUUUCGAGCAUCGAGAACGACGCCUUCCUCGAGGUUGGCAAUUCGCUGAUAACGCUUAGAAUCGCGCAUGGAUUUUCUUCUUCAAUGAAGGAAUUGCCAAAUGCUCCUCUCAAAACUUUGACGAAUCUCCAACACUUGGAUUUCAGCAACAAUAAACUGAGAUCGAUGCCCGACAAUUCGUUCCAUUUUCUGAAAAGAAUCAAACGAAUAGAGUUGCAAGACAAUGAAAUCGACGCGAUUCAAAAAGGAACCUUCCAGGGAGACAUUCAUUCGACGUUGGAAAGUAUUGACUUCAGUUAUAACCACAUCAAAACUCUGGGCACCCACACGUUUGUGGAUUUACCGAUGCUACAAACCAUCGAUUUGGAAGACAAUCUCAUAACGAACAUCGAGAGGAGAGCUUUCAUGAACAUGAACCGUUUGAAAUUCAUCAAUUUGCGAGGAAAUAAAAUUCAAACCCUCCACGACGAGGCCUUCCAGAAUUUGCCGGACUUGGAGUUCUUGGAUUUGGCUUACAACGAUCUCAGCGAAUUCGACUUUGCUGCCUUCGACCAAGUUGGAACAUUGUCGUCGUUCCGGGUGAACGCCAGUCACAACGAAAUCCACCGAUUGUCGUCCAAUCAGUCGUACUCAACCUCGUCGUCUUCAAGUAGCAAUUUGGGACACUUUCCAGUGGGCGGAAUGACGCAAUCCAACAUCAAAGUGCUGGAUCUGAGCUACAACAACAUCACGGAAAUCACGCGCUACUACUUCAAGCCCGUGGAGUACUCGCUGACGCACCUGCAUCUGUCGCACAACGAGAUCAACAACGUCACCCAGGCCGUGUUCGGCAACAUGCCCCACCUGCAGUGGCUCGAUCUCAGCUGGAACGAUCUGAUGGAGAUCGACUUCGACUGCUUCAAGGAGACCAAGAACAUCCAGGUGCUCAAGUUCUCUCACAACAACAUCAUGGACAUACCCGCGGAGUCGUUCAGGAACCUGAAGAAGCUGCGCAUCGUCGACCUGUCGCACAAUCGGCUACGCUCGCUCGCCGACAAUCUCUUCAUGGAGGCCUACAUCGAGAGCCUCGAUCUGUCCCACAAUCAGUUCAUGAGGCUGCCCAUCAAUCCGAUGUCGCUGUCGGCGGCGGCGAGCCUCUCGAUACUCGACCUCUCCUGGAACUUCCUGUCCGGGGUACACAACAACGACGCCAUCUUCAGAUUACGCGGUUUAACUUGGCUCGAUUUGUCGUACAAUCGACUGGUCAGACUCGACGAUGGCGUCUUCUCCGAUCUCUCUCAGCUGUCGUAUUUGGAUCUCAGCCACAACAAACAGCUUAUUCUCGAACCAAGAGGAAGGACUUUCUACGGUCUGGAGGAGUCGCUUCUGUUCCUCGGACUCAGCAACAUUUCCCUAUUGUCGGUACCGGAGCUUCCAUUCCAUCGACUACAAAGGCUUCACCUGGCACACAACGAGCUGGCGUCGGUUCCGGCCGAGAUGGCGUCGAACUUGACGAGCCUUCACUUGCUCGAUCUCAGCCACAACGACUUGACCGUUGUCCCACUUAUAACUCAUGCUUUACCAAACUUGCGAAUGUUCAACAUCGCUUACAAUCCUAUUACGAUGAUCACGAACACGAGCUUCCUGGGAAUUGCGGACAGUCUCGAGCUGCUAGACAUACGCGGCCUCUCGCUCUCCAUGUUCGAGGCUGGAGCUCUGUGCAAGGCGUCGAAACUUCGAACUCUGCUGAGCACUGCCUACGCGGGAGUCAGGAACUUCAAUUUUCCCACUAUUUUGGAGCAUAAUCAUGGAUUGAGACACCUGUUCAUUCACGUUCAAAACGAAACGGAACUGGAAAAGGAGAUGAAAGGCCACUACCCCGUGAAAUUGUAUAAUUUUACAUUCAGCGGCCGAGCGCUAAAACGUAUUCACUCGGAUGUCUUGCACGGAAUGAGAAAUCCUCAUCUGCACUUUGGACUGUACAACACGAGCGUGAGCACCGUCCAGAAGGAAAUAUUUGCUCACGCGGAACUCGCGAGGAACGUGACGGUGGAGCUCUGGCACAACGAGAUCCGAACUCUGCAAAAUCCCUCGAACGCUUACAAGCCAGCCGUGCCGGGCAAGCGUUUUCUGCUGAGACUGCGAAUGCGCGGCAGCCACAUCAGUUGUGAUUGCGACAUAGGGUGGAUCGAGAUGUGGCAGAGGAAGCACCGACAAUAUCAGGAGGACCGUUGCAACACACACACAGAGCUGAACAAUUACGAGCGAGAGGAGGGCAACGAAUACGAGUGCUGGGACAACGGCUGGGACGACGAUCUGCGCGAGAGCUUCUGCGUCAACAAGAACAACAUGUCCGUGGCCGAAUCGCUGAAAUCCGACCUCGAGUGCGGCUGGUCAUCGGCGAACCAAAUAUUCCUAUCGAACUUCCUGGGAAUCGCUAUUUUCGUUCUCGCCUUUGCGAUCGCAUUUUGAGGAUAAACGAUGCUUGUUAGCGAGAGACAUUUUCACUUUCACAACUGAAAUCGGACGAGUUUACAGCUCUAAGGUGUAACCGUCUAAAAACUUAAAUGAAUCGAUUAUGUUUAAAGGAAGAUUAUUCGAACGCCAAGCGUUACGUAUGAUUAAUGAUAGUUCAUAAUUAAUUUUUAUUAUUUUUAAUUCUUGACGGUUCACCGUACCAUUCUUGACAUUUCAUUUCAGCAUUGUAAAUUCAUGAUUAUUUAUAUUCACGAGAAUUUUCAGUUAUCAUAUCUGAAAGUAACGAUUAAACUGUACCCAAACAAUACCCUUCAAGCCUUUUCUGGCUUACAUUUUUAGUUCUCAUUAUAUUUAAAAAAAAAAUAAUUGACACACAAUGAAACUUAUUACAAAGUUGUUGGAAAUAUUUGUGUUUAUAAGGAAGUGCCUUUAAUAUUCAAACUCGGAGGUUGCCUUUUUUUUAAAUUCUUGCGUACAUAAGCAAAAAACUGGAAGACCACAAGUAUGUACAUGACUGAAAAUCGAUAUUAUAAUAAUUGUAGUUAAUAAUAAAACUAGGCAUGAGAGUAAUAUUAACAUUCGAAGCUUUGUGUGCCUUUGAAAGCCAGAAAUUCACAUAUCAAAUCGAGCUUGAGCUCGCUCAAAACUUUGAGAUCGUCUCUAGCACUAUUGGGAAAGCGAGAUAGCCGCGAAUGAUAGGUGCUUUUGAUGUUAAACAAAAUGCAUUAGAGUAUCGCAUGAAUGAGUUAAAAAUACAUGAUUCACGAACAUUUCACGAUUCGUGUGAGAAAAAGUUUGAUUCAAGAAAAAAUAAUGAUCGAUAUAAUACCGAUAAAAGAAAUAUUUUCAAAAAAAAUAUUGGAUGCAUAAUGAACGUUGAGCUAAAAUAUUUUUUAUAAGCAGCGUAUGUUAUCAAUCACUCCAUCAUUUCAAUAAAAUAUGCUCUUCCGAAGAUCAAGGGAGCAUGCAUCAGGUGAGAGCUUGAUGUCUUCGUAUAUAUAUAUUUGUCUAUAGCGUGUAUCUAUAAAGUAUAUAACAUUCAUUUACGACGAUUAACUCGCCAAUAACGAUGAUACUUACCGUACAAUUUAAUGGGGGGGAAAAUCACUUUUUUCAAAGACCAACGUUUUCUUACGUUGCCUAAAGUUAAUCGUUCGAAAAAAACACGGGAAAUAAUUACAAUAGUUUUUCAUUCGUCAUCGUAAUGUGAAAUUAAGAGUAAUGUAAUGAAAGCGUUAACAUAAUUAUGCACUUUUAUAAAAAUAAAUUACGUUUAAUAUAAAUACUUACACGAAUUUAAAUAAUAUUGAAAUAUCAAGUAAUAAAAUGAUUUUAAUGGAAAUUAUACUAUUAGCGGUACAUGUUGAUAUCUUUAGAAAAUUAAUGACCUCUUACAUUGCUUAAGAAGAUAAUUUAUCUUGAACUCUGCAGACUGUAAAGUAAAUAAAUUAUUUAAAACUAUCAAAAGUAUUUAUAAACGAUAGCAAUAGUUUGUAAUUUAAAGAUUAAAGAUAAUUCAAAAAUCAAAUUUUAGUUAAGUGAAUCAGUAUGUAAUAAA